CCGAAGUGGCUGCGAGGUUCGGCGGGAGGUGGGGCGUGAACUCGCCACACCGGAGCCAGCGCCGAGAGCUUCAGCAAUGCUGAAAUCAAAUGACAGCAUGUUUUCUUUGGAGACUUUGUUUUUUGAAAAACCAAAGGAAACUGGAAAAUAUCCAGACAAUGAAAAAUCAGAUUGGUUUCUCCCACCUGCCCCACUGAUUUCAGAAAUUCCAGAUACUCAGAUGUUAGAGGAAGAAAUAGAAAGUUAUACAGUAUUCGAUCAGGAAAGGAAGUCAAAAAAGUUAGCAUCUACUAUAAAGAUAACUAAUGAAGAAACACAUUAUAUUUCACCAAUGCAAAAUUUCCAAUUCGUCUUCUCUAACAAAUAUGAAGGAGAUAAUCUAAAUGUAGGAGGGGCCAAUAACAGUGACUCAUCACACUUUACUGGCAAGCUGACAUAUGGUUCUUCACAGAAAUACAAAAAUUGCAGUGGAACUGAAAUAACGCUUGAGAAAAAUGUCCCUGAUGACACAAUAGUAACGAAUUUUUCAGAGGAUAAAGGAGAGAGCAUAGCAGCAUUCCAAAAAAGCUUAUUUAAAACAACUGAUAACACACAUGGGAAUGCAAAUUCAGAUUCUCACAUUAACUCAGUGAACACUGUGCAAACGGAAGUGAACAAAGGAAAAUCUUGGAACUGUAGCAACAGUAAGCAGAAACAUCAGUAUUCCGACUUCAACCUGUUCAAAGCAAGUGAUGCUUUUGCUGCGUCUGAAAUCAGAGAAGGCGUAUUCAAAGUACCAUCUUUUCAAGCUGCAUCUCGGUCUCAUAAUAUUCAAGGGGUGACUGAAAAAGAUUUUGGUUCCUUGAAGCCUGUCACAGAAAUCCCGGCAAAGUUUAGAAGUAUUUUCAGAGAAUUCCCAUAUUUCAACUACAUACAGUCCAAGGCCUUAGAUGAUCUUCUUUACACAGAUAGGAAUUUUGUGAUUUGUGCACCGACUGGUUCUGGGAAAACUGUGAUGUUUGAAUUGGCUAUAACAAGAUUGCUGAUGGAAGUGCCAUUGCCAUGGUUGAACAUUAAAAUUGUUUACAUGGCACCAAUAAAAGCUCUGUGCAGUCAGCGUUUUGAUGCCUGGAAAGAAAAAUUUGGAGUAAUAGGUUUGAAUUGUAAAGAACUCACUGGUGAUACCGCCAUGGAUGAUCUAUUUGAGAUUCAGAAUGCCCAUAUUAUUAUGACAACUCCAGAAAAAUGGGAUAGUAUGACUAGGAAAUGGAGAGACAACUCUUUGGUCCAACUGGUUCGUCUGUUUCUAAUUGAUGAGGUACAUAUUGUAAAAGAUGAGAAUCGUGGUCCUACUCUUGAAGUUGUAGUAAGCAGAAUGAAAACUGUACAGUCUUUUUCUCAGACUUCAGACAGUGAAGUUAUUCCAAUGAGAUUUGUAGCUGUAUCUGCAACGAUUCCAAAUGCUGAAGAUAUUGCAGAAUGGCUUUCAGAUGGUAAGAGACCUGCUAUCUGUCUGAAAAUGGAUGAGAGCCACAGGCCAGUGAAACUUCGAAAAGUGGUCCUUGGAUUUCCCUGCAGUAGUAACCAAACUGAGUUUAAGUUUGAUCUGACCCUCAAUUACAAAAUCGCCAGUGUUAUACAAACGUACUCUGAUCAGAAGCCCACACUUGUGUUUUGUGCAACAAGGAAAGGUGUGCAACAAGCUGCUUCUGUUCUUUUGAAAGAUGCUAAAUUCAUUAUGAAUAUGGAACAGAAACAAAGGUUACAGAAGUGUGCAGCUUCUAUAAGAGAUUCAAAACUGAGAGAAAUAUUAAUACAUGGUAUUGCUUAUCAUCAUGCUGGCAUGGAGCUGCCAGAUAGAAAAAUAGUUGAGGGAGCUUUCGCCAUUGGAGAUCUACCAGUUCUUUUUACUACCAGUACAUUAGCUAUGGGAGUAAAUUUGCCUGCUCAUCUAGUAAUUAUCAAAUCAACAAUGCAUUAUGUUGGAGGAAUGUUUGAAGAGUACAGUGAAACAGAUGUUCUACAGAUGAUUGGUAGAGCUGGUCGACCUCAAUUUGAUAGUACAGCUACUGCAGUUAUUAUGACUCGAUUAAGUACCAGAGAGAAGUACAUUCAGAUGUUAGAUUGUAGUGAUACUGUAGAAAGCAGUUUGCAUAAACAUCUCAUUGAACAUUUAAAUGCAGAGAUAGUAUUGCACACCAUCACAGAUGUGAACAUUGCUUUGGAAUGGAUACGCUCAACCUUGCUUUAUAUCAGAGCCUUGAAAAAUCCAUCUCAUUAUGGUUUUGCUUGUGGAUUGACCAAAGAUGGUAUUGAAGAAAAAUUGCAAGAGUUAUGUUUGAAGAAUCUAAAUGAUCUAUCAUCUCUAAAUUUGAUAAAGAUGGAUGAAGAUGUUAAUUUCUUCAAACCAACUGAGAUAGGAAGAUUGAUGGCUUUGUAUUAUAUUACAUAUGAGACAGUGAAGAAAUGUUGUACAAUCAGUGGAACAGAAACUUUAUCAGAUCUGGUCAUAAUGAUAGCCAGCUGCAAGGAAUUUUCAGAUGUCCAGUUAAGGAUAAAUGAAAAGAAAACAUUGAAUACUUUGAACAAAGAUCCAAAUCGGGUAACUAUCAGAUUUCCAAUGGAAGGAAAAAUUAAAACUAGAGAAAUGAAAAUAAAUUGUCUUAUUCAGGCUCACCUAGGAUGCAUUCCCAUACAGGAUUUUGCUUUGACACAAGAUACAGCAAAGAUCUUCAGAAAUGGCUCACGGAUUACAAGAUGGUUGUCAGAUUUUGUGGCUGCUCAAAAGAAUAAUUUUGCUGUACUCUUGAACAGUUUGAUUUUAGCUAAAUGUUUUAGGUGUAAACUUUGGGAAAAUUCUCUGCAUGUAUCCAAACAGCUGGAGAAAAUUGGUAUAUCAUUGUCAAAUGCAAUGGUAAAUGCAGGUUUAACUUCUUUUAAAAAAAUAGAAGGAACAGAUGCAAGGGAACUUGAACUGAUUUUAAAUAGGCACCCCCCUUUUGGGACCCAGAUAAAAGAAACUGUGAUGCAUCUACCAAAAUAUGAACUUGAAGUAGAACAGGUUACAAGAUAUAGUGAUACGAUGGGAGAAAUAUUAGUAACCAUCAUUUUAAGAAACUUUGAACAGCUACAAACUAAAAGAACAGCAUCAGAUUCUCACUAUGUUACCUUAAUAAUAGGUGAUGCAGAUAAUCAAGUGGUUUUUAAGCAUAAAAUUAUGGAUUCUGUUUUGCUAAAAGACGGAAAUUGGACUAAAAAGAUUGAUGUGAAGAGAACACUUAAAUCUGAAGAUCUUAGCAUAAAUCUAAUUAGUUCUGAAUAUGUUGGACUUGAUAUUCAGAAAACAUUUACAGUAUUUUACUUAGGACCUAAGAGGUUUGAAAAUGAAGUAAUUAUGCAUAGAAAAUCAGAAAUAGAGAUUUCUCAUUCUAAACAUACAGAUAAAUCUGUAGCAGGAGCCGAUAAAGGGAUGACAGCCCGCAAAAAACUAGGAAACCGGGAGUGUAAUCAUCACUGUAAAAAUAAGCGUGCAUGUGGACAUGAUUGCUGUAAAAUUGGAGUUGCACUGAAGUCAGGAAUUAAAGAGCCAACAAUUUCUUUAUACUUGUCCGAUUUAAGAAACAGGAAUGCUGUUUCAUCUCUUCCUCCAGUUAAGCGUCUCAAGAUGCAGAUGAAUAAAACUCAAAGUCUGGACCUUAAAGAAUUUGGCUUUACUCCAAAAUCUUCCCUUCUGAAUGUAUCAAGAUCAGAAUAUUCAAACAUACAUGAAUUGCCUAUAAUGGAGCAAUGGGAGCAGCAUGAAAUUUGUGGAAAAUAUCACCAAGAACCAUCUAAAUCUCAAAACACAGAUUUUUCUAGCUGGACCCAUACUACAACUUCAAAUGAGAAGGCCCCUCAAACAAUGCUAUUAAACAGAAAUUUUGCAUCUAGAAACCAAAAUUUGACAGAUGCAACUAAAAGCAACUCCUCGUUUCCAGAAGAUUUGAAUGUUAACUUUGAAUUGGGAAAUGAAGUUUGGGAUGAUUUUGAUGAUGAAUGUUUAAUAGAAGUGACUAACUUUUUAACUGAAACCGAUAAGACAAAAACAACGGGAUUUGGAAACACUUUGAGUUCAAGCACCAGGGGACACAAGCUAACCUUCCAAGAAUCAAAGACCCAAUUCAAAAGAGAAAUGUCAAAAAGUGGUAGCCAGGCACCAGCUGGUUCUUCCAGUCUCCUGCUAGAAGAGGCCAUUAGUCCUGUGAAUGAAUUUCUUCCCUCUGUUUCAUCACACGAGGAACCAGAUCUUUAUUUAUCAAAUUCUACUAUUUCCAAGUUCAGUGCAUCCUCUACGACGAAAUUACCUCAACAAGCUGAAACUACAAAUAUUGUUUAUUUACAAGAAAAGGAACAACAAAGUCUUUCACCAGAGAUUAAAAAGUUAUACUUCCCAUACCCUGAAGAGAAAUUAAAUUAUUCAACUUCUGCCCCUGAACUGGACUUUUUUAUUAGAAAAAAUGAAUGUAAAAAGGAGAUUGAUUUCAGUAGGUAUCAUUCUGAUGAUGCAGCUGAUGACACGAAGUCUUUCCUGGGAAUAUUUGAUGGCAUUUUCUAAAACAAUCAAAUUUCAAAAGAUAAAGUAUAAACAAAACUGAUCACGAAAGCAGGCUUUUUAUUUUUAAAGUAGUUCAUUAUGUUUAAUUUUUUUCUCUUGCAUUUGAUCAGUUUUGUCAACAUUUUUACCACAAGAUAUUUGAAUAAAUUUAUUUUUCCACUGUAACUUCUGAAAAAUCACUUUCGCAAUUUUAAGCUGAUAAUUAUUUGGCUAUUCAUUAGAUUUUGAUGGGAACUAAUUUAAAAACUCAUUUUAUAUUUCAUAACAAGAAAAGAAGUGGGUCUAUUUAUUGUUCUGAUGUCUUUUGUUUUACUAAUGGUAUUUAAGAUUCCAACAGCUUAUUGAAACUCUUCUAAUAUAACUUUGAACAGCAAUAAAUAAAGAAUGUCUUCAUAUA